AUGAGGCUCAAUUUUAGAAGGAAGAAGGUUCCAAAGACUGAGGAGCACGCUCCGAAAGUUGAGAAUGGGUUUUCGGCAGUCUCUGUCAUGGGCCAGUCGGAGCGUGAAAGUUAUAAGCCAAUCCUCAUGUUACUUGAGUCGCAGGAAGGGAAAAUAUAUUUGCAUUGGGAUAAACCUGCUUUGGAAUACAAGAAAUGUGGCAUUUGUUUCCCCGUUGUGAAGUUGCAGCUUUGUGGGACGGAGUUAACUAUUGUGUCAAGGGAUGGUAUGCAAGAGUCUGAUGUUGUGGACACCAUUGAUAUGUCCGAUGCCAAUCCUUGUUCUCAUCUAUUCAUUUCGGAUAAUGAACUCGAGUGCAGUAAUACAUCUAGCUUGGUGGCGGAGGAUCCCAAGUUGCUAGUAAGAGUGCAAAGGGCUAUUUUGCUUCUACAGUUUGAACGACUCUCUCUUUACAAGUCUCUCACCGCCACUCUUAUCUCUUCCUUUGGUCUAAAUAUUCCUGACAUACAUCUCAUAUUGCAGAACACAUAUCCCUACGAAGACUGGUGCUACAUCAGAGUGGACGGAAGCUGGAUGAAGGUUUGGGCGCAGGUCGAUACGUUUCAAAAGGCUGCUUUAAAGUCAAUGCCGCGGUCGGUGAAGUUUUUCAAAGAUAACAAAUCUCUAACUAAAAAGAAUCUUGUGUGCUAUAUCCAAGAUUCUGGUAUAGUGGAUGAAGUUUUUUUUGUACGUGAUCCGUUCCCUGAUAGUGAUGUAUCUACAUGCAAAGUAGAAGAAAUGGAUUCAUUUUUGGCGCACAUUAACACAAUCAAAUAUAUGGGCGAGGUUCACUGGGCUACGACAUCGCCAAGUGUAAAUAAUUCAAGGUCAUCUUCAAUUUCAGGUGGUUCGCCUCCUUCCCCUUCGAAGAGGAGUGCAGGAGUUCCGAAAGCUAUUAAUACCCAUAGGCGGACUCUUUCUCACCUUUCUACAUGGUCAAAUCUGUCCGGAGAUUCGAGUGAACAAUUGAAGCCAGAUGCAGAUGUAUCAGGGUUGCUUAUCAAGCCCAUUCCCCAUGGCGGAAUACACCACAUGGAAUCCAUGGUCCGGUUUGUCAUACCAAUGUACGACUGUUUGGGAUUAUACGGCAGACCAUUCGGCUUCAAGCUUGAUCAUGAAGACAUAGAUUCAUUAUUGUUUGGCCUCCCAAAAUUACCGAAUAUUGAUUACAUGGCCCAGGAAGAAUUCGAAAUGUUUUUAGACCAGUCGUCUGAUACGCCCACGGCAUGGCGGGAUCUAAAGACCUUCCUAAGUUCACGCAUGAAAGACCCUAGCAGAUCCCAAAUGCACUUUAAAACUUUAACUUAUGCGGCAUCCAUAUCUUGA